GUAGAAUAAUGAGACUCUGGCAGCUUAGUAAAAGGUUGAGUUUAAACCAUAUGUUUCUUCGCUUUUCUCUCUAAACCUUUUACUACAAUGAGCAAUUACUUUUUUUUAAUAUUAAUUCAAUAUGGUUAUAUCAAGGAACAUACAAACAUUUUUGUCCACUGUGACUGAAAAUGAAAUAAUUAUUUGAAUAUUCUGUUAUAAUGUGCAUUUCUAUAACAGUUCUUUAUCACAGGUCACAAAAAGCCAGACAACAGCUAUCAUGAGCUCCACACAGUCAAACUCCUCUGCAAAUGUGACCUUUGUUCGUCCUGCAACAUUUUUCAUCAAAGGCUUUUCUAAUGUCCCACAUGUGAAAUACUACUAUGUGUUCUUGUCUUUGGUGUAUGUUGUGACUGUUUUAGGGAACUCAUUUAUCAUGUGUAUCAUUUAUUUGGCCCGCAGACUUCACACAGCCAAAUACAUUGCUGUUUUCCAUCUGGCCCUUAUUAAUCUGUGUGAAAGCUCGGCUUUGAUUCCAAAUAGCAUUGACAUAUUUUUGUUUGACCACCAUGUCGUUUCAUAUGAAGCGUGCUUGGCAAAUUUGUUUUUUGUGUAUUUUUUUAUGAUUCUACAUUCUUUGACUCUACUUGUCUUGGGUUAUGACAGACUGGUUGCUAUUUGUUUUCCUCUACGGUAUCAUGCCAUUAUAACCAAAACAGCCAUGUUUCUGAUUAUAGGUAUUAUGUGGAUUUUUUCUGCGAUAUAUUUUUCUGUAUAUGUAGGUUUGGUGAAUAGAAUCUCUUUUUGUGGAUCGAAUGUGAUUGAUAGUUAUUUUUGUGAUUAUGGCAUUAUCUAUAGAGCUUGUAAUGAUAAUUCUAUAAAUAUUCUGAUGUUAAAACUUACCUUUGGUCUCAUGGUUUGCACACCGCUGAUACUGAUCAUAAUCUCAUAUUUAUGCAUUUCUCAGGCUUUGCUUAAGAUUGCUCAUGGUGCUGAACGGAUCAAAGCCAUGAAAACCUGCACCUCACACCUCAUGUUGGUGGCAAUCAGUUAUAUCCCAUUUUCAAGCAAUGUUAUUGCAUCCUUAACAACACUAAAUCCGAACACCCAGACAAUUAUCCUUUCCUUGACUCAGAUAGUAUCACCUAUGCUGAAUCCCAUUAUAUACGCUCUAAUGACAGAGGAGGUAAUGCAAUCCAUUAAAGAACUCUAUAAACGAAGGAAGGUGAACACUACAAAGAAAAUGACAUUUAGUCGGAGAAAUUCAAAACAAAAAUGACAGGUUUGGACCUAAUGAGCUGUGAUUAUUUAACAAAUAUCUAAUUUAACAGAGUUGACUGUUUUUGAAUGUUUUGGAUGUUGUAAAAUCUGUUUUGUAAACAGGCCAAAUAUGUUUAAAACCUCUGGGCUGAAAUCAAGCUGUUUUUUUAUUGGUUCCUUUGUUUGAAAACAACAUAUAAAGAAAUUCAGUAAUAAAGCCUUGAAAAUAUUAUGAACAUUUUCAUACUGUGAUUAAGCUUAACAUCUUAAGCUUAUUUUAUUUUAUUUUUUUCAUUACAUUUGCUUUAAAUAGAACAAAAGUUUUUAAAAAAUGCUUCUGCAUCAUCUUGUGAACAGACAUAUUCACACCAGAAUAUAUUGAUGUCUUGAAUGAAUCAUUAGCUGGCAUUUGCUUUGUGAUUGUGACAGUUUCUAAAUAUUCAGGGGAUCAACAUUUUUUUUUUGCUGAGAAUGAUCCCAGAUGAUGUAAUGCAAGCAUGCAUUUUAGUUUUUUUUUUACAAUACAGUCAAUAACUACAAAAAGCAACUAAGCCUACAGAAUACAAUACACUAUACACUAUACACGAUAGUACCCAGACAGUAUUAUGCCAUAUAAUAGCAUAUAUCUAUAAAUCAUAUAUUGUAAAAAAAGACUGAUGACGUGUCACCACUUCCUUCCACUGUAGAAAAAUCAAGCCAAAAUAUCCCAGAAAUGGUCAUUGCCAAUUAUGUUAAAUGGAACUUGAAUCUGUGCAGUAGUGAUCCUGAGGUGGAGCAGUCAUUUUAAGGUCCUGCCCAUACUCCCGCUCCCGCAGACUCAAUCGCAAGCACAGCUGUCAAUCAUGAUGUUACACUACAUGUUUAUAGCAUCAAAUAACUUACCAAAAACAAACCUAUUGGAAAAGCGAACCCUUGAACAUAUGUCAGCGUGAUAAUAACUACCUGAUUGACAGAAACAAUAAUAAUUUGAUAAUGUAAGUGUAACUGGAUUUUUUAGUUUGGCUCGAGAUCACAUUUCAUUCGAUGACCUAUACUGCAGCCAGCCACCAGGGGACGAUCAAAAUGUUUUGGCUUCACUUUUCAGGAUGUGUGCGGCAGAGGUGGGAGGAAGGCUGUGUCCGAAAACUGGGAAAUGCUGCCUUCUGAGGACACAUUUCUAGGUAGUAAGGCAUCAAGGCACGUCCGAAUCCAAUGUUAGCUUCACUUCCUGUCUCAUGAGAUACCUUCCUCAGAUCGAUUUUUGAAGGAAGCAUGG